UUAAAACCAUUUAAGAGGUAACAGCCAAAGCCAAUUUUGCCAAGGCAAGCUAAAACUCUCAGACUCUCUAAAAGGACUUCAAACAAGAAAAGAAAGGAAUUCAUUGCACCACUAUAUCUCUCCCUCUCUCUCUCUCUUUCUUCCUCUCCCUCCCUCUCUCUCUCUCUCUCUCUCUCUCUCUCUCCAAAUGGCAAAUUUCAAUAGCAGAAUUUCCAUCAUCCAUACUUUUCUUGUGUGUUCUCUCUAUUUCUCAGAUUUUGGCUUUCUACAAGGAGUUACAUCAUUUGGAAUCAACUAUGGUCAACUGGGCAAUAAUUUGCCACCACCCGACGAGGUCCUCGAAUUGUUAAGCUCUCUCAGGCUGACAAAAGCAAGAAUUUACGACACCAAUCCUCAAAUUUUGUCAGCAUUCGCCAACUCCAGCGUAGAGCUCAUUGUCACAGUCGAAAAUGAAGUGCUAGCUCAGCUAAUGAACCCUCAACAAGCCCUUCAAUGGGUAACCACCCACAUCAAGCCCUACUUUCCAGCCACAAAAAUCACAGGCAUAGCCGUAGGAAAUGAGAUCUUCACUGAUAAUGAUAAAACGCUAAUGUCAUAUCUUGUUCCAGCCAUGGUGAGCAUUCACGGUGCUCUUGUUCAAUUAGGCCUAGACUCACAUAUUCAAGUCUCGACCCCUACUUCUCUAGCGAUUCUUGCUGAGUCGUAUCCACCUUCGGCCGGUAGUUUCAAAAACGAGUACUAUGGUACCAUGUCACAAGUGUUACAGUUCUUGUCAAGCACCAAAUCACCAUUUUGGGUUAAUGCCUAUCCAUAUUUUGCUUAUAAUGGUGAUCCAACUCGCAUUUCUUUAGACUAUGCGCUUUCCAAUCCUAACGCAGGAAUGAUUGACCCUUAUACCAAGCUACAUUAUGAUAAUAUGCUCUAUGCCCAAGUAGAUGCAGCCAUUUUUGCUGUUGCUAGAAUGGGUUUCAAUGGAAUAGAGGUCAGGGUUUCAGAGACUGGGUGGCCAUCAAAAGGGGACGCUAAUGAAGUUGGUGCAACCCUAGAGAAUGCUGCAGUUUAUAAUAGAAAUUUGUUGAGAAGGCAAUUGAAAAAUGAAGGUACUCCAUUGAGGCCUAACAUGAGGUUGGAAGUUUAUGUGUUCGCUUUGUUCAAUGAGGAUUUGAAGCCUGGACCAACUUCAGAAAGGAAUUAUGGUCUCUAUCAACCUGAUGGAACCAUGUGUUACAAUGUAGGCCUCUCUGCCUUAUCAACUCCUUCCACAACUUCCUCAACUUCAACUGCUACCGUUUCUUUUACUUCUUCUUCCACUAAGGCAGCAACAAUGGAAUAUCAAAGCUUGGUGUACUGGAUGUUUGUGUAUUUGCUGACCAUCCAAGUUUUUAUGAGAAGAUUAUUUUAAGGAAAUGGAAGUCAUGUAAAUAUCACUUUUGGUAAGAAAAAAAUGGGGUUUUUGUUCGGGUCUUCUUGCACUUCCCGUUGCAAAACAUAGACCUCUUAAGUCUUAAUGACUUUCGAGUACGAACAUUAAACAUGUUUUAAGUAUUAAGCAUGUCCCAUUUUUCUCAAGUUAACACUACCAAAAACCCAUUCCCAACAACAUUGAUGUGUAUUUGAAAAUGAUAUUUACAUUUAAAAAAAAAAAAAAAACGAUUUCAACCUCAACGGGUCAUAUUAACUUUUAUCAGAUGGAUAUAACUUCCUUACGUCCUCGACCCCACAAUGGAUCGGAUUGUACUACUAGAAAUGAGUUUAUUAUUUGUAAUGGAUAUGGGGGCAAAACCAUCAUAUCUUUGCCAUUAUUGUACAACUCUAUCUAGAAUUUUUAUUUUUCAGCUUACUUUGUCAUUUUAUUAUAUUAGUAGUUUCUGUAAAAAUUUACGUUGUUAGAGAAUUUCCAUUUAUCCAAAAGAGAAUGGUUUGUUGUAACAAUAUUAUUGUAGUGAGAAUUACUUCAUCUUAUUGGUUGUAAGGGAA